GAUUAAGAUCUAAAACUUUAACUUAAAAGUCAACCCCUCUGUUCCCUGCCCGUCCUUGCCCCUCUGCAUUUCUCGAUCUCACGGGCAACCUCAUCUCUCUACCUCUGCUUCGAUGGAAAGCCCGCCCAAGUUCGUGUACUGCGUGAUCGCUCUUCCGCCAGACGACCUGGCCCCGAGGCUGAGAAGCUUGAUGGACGAACUCCGGUCGGGGUUCGGUGGGCCCCAGUUCGUGCCCCACAUAACCGUCGUCGGACCCGUCAGCCUGACGGAGGACGAUGCCGUGAGCAAGUUCAGAGCCGCCUGUGAUGGGCUCAGGGCUUACCCCGCCACUGUCGAUCGCGUAGCCACGGGCACUUUCUUCUACCAGUGCGUGUACUUGCUCCUCCGUCCCACGGCUGAGGUUGUUGAAGCCAGUGAUCGCUGCUCCGCUCAUUUAGGUUACAAGAGCCCAACACCUUACAUGCCACACCUGAGCCUCCUCUAUGGAGACUUGGCGGAUGAAGAGAAGAAGAAAGCUCAGGCAAAAGCCAAUGACCUUGAUGGGAACUUAAAUGGACUCAGCUUCCUGAUUUCUCACCUUGCACUGUACAAAAUCGACCCGGACGACAAAACUUGUACCUCAUGGGAAAAGAUAGCCGAGUCCACCCUCUGUGCAAGUUAGAUUCUGUUUGUCACCAGUCCGAAAACCUCCCAUCUUGGCUUCUCUACUUUG